AUGGAAAGGGAGUCUUUGGGUGGAGAAACCAGUGGUUCCAAAUGGAUGAAACAGCUUAUCUUUUUGCUGCUCUUUUUGGCUGUUAUUGGGCUAGUUUGCCUGUUAGGGAUUAUGCUUCGUAGCGAUUUUAGAACGGCGAUGAGAACUGCAGCAUCUAAUGUGGACAAAGUUCAAAUGCUGCUCAAACACUUCAAUGUGAGCCAAGAGCAGAUUCAGUACUUUGCUUCUUUGUUAGAGGCAGACGAGAUCUCAUCCUUGACAUGUAGCAAACAGCGUGGACGUCAAAUUUCUAGUAAUAGCUUUACAUGUGCUUUGAAGUUGCUAAGUUCUACCAGUGGCUUAGUUGAACAAUCAUUUAAUUUAGUGGAAGAAAAUUGUAAGCAUAUUGAUCAGUGCCCUGCUCAUGAUGACAACAAUUCCAAGGAUCUCGACUUGCAGUUUCUGAAAAUGUGGUAUAGUUCAUCAGUAAAUCAAGAUCACCAACUUUCUUGUGAGGAUACCUUACACACGAAGCCUCAAGCUAAGUUUGCCAUCAAUCACUUUAGAGUGAUACUCACCUUCGCAAAUAUCAGCUGGUUUUGGAUUCUCAUUGGAAUUGUGUCGAGCACGCAAAUAUUGAAAUUUUGGAGAAAUCAAAAGAAGAAUUCGGUUCAGCAGCAGCUGACAGAUCCACCCCAACUGCUGCAGCCACCACACCCACCUAAUAGAAGUUCAUCAAGAAGCACUGGUAGCUGGAGGAGAAAGUUCCUUGUUAUUGGUGUCUGCUUUGGCAUAUCUAUAUGCAUAUGGCUGUUUUGGUACUUGAGUAAAGAUCACUGGUCAAAGAACAAAGAGAUGCUGACUAGCAUGUGCGAUGAAAGGGCUCGCAUGCUACAGGAUCAAUUUAAUGUGAGCUUGAACCAUGUUCAUGCUUUGGCUAUUCUUGUAUCUUCAUUUUACCACGAGAAGGAGUCUUCUGUAUUAAAUCAGAAAACUUUUGAAGCUUAUACAGAGAAAACAGCGUUCGAAAGACCCCUAACAAGCGGUGUUGCCUAUGCUUUAAGGGUUCUUCACUCAAUGAGGGAAAAUUUUGAAAAGCAGCAAGGAUGGAAAAUAAGAAAAAUGGAUACUGAGGAUCAAACUUUAUCUCAAGAUCUCGUGCCUGAAAACUUGGAGCCUUCACCUGUUCAAGAAGAAUAUGCACCUGUUAUCUUUGCACAAAAAACGGUCUCUCAUAUUGUUUCAAUAGACAUGAUGUCUGGGAAGGAGGACCGAGAAAACAUCUUGAGAGCAAGAGCUUCUGGGAAAGGAGUCCUAACAUCACCUUUCAAAUUAUUAAAAUCCAAUCACCUUGGAGUUGUGCUCACAUUUGCUGUUUAUAAUACCGAUCUACCUCCUGAUGCUGCACCACAGCAACGUGUCAAUGCUACUGUCGGGUACCUUGGUGCUUCUUAUGAUGUCCCUUCACUAGUUGAGAAGCUUCUGCACCAGCUAGCUAGUAAACAAACAAUUGUCGUGCAUGUUUAUGAUACAACAAACAAGUCCUCUCCAAUUAAGAUGUAUGGUGAAGAUGUAGUUGAUACGGGACUGCUUCGAAUAAGUAAUCUUGAUUUUGGUGACCCCGCUAGAAAGCACGAGAUGCAUUGCAGGUUCAAGCAAAAACCACCGCUACCCUGGACUGUUAUAACAUCAUCUGGUGGAGUCCUUGUUAUUACUUUUCUUUUAGGUCACAUAUUUCGUGCAGCUAUAAACGAAAUUGAUAAAGUGGAGGAUGACUAUCAUGAGAUGAUGGAGCUCAAGCACCGUGCUGAAGCAGCCGAUGUAGCAAAGUCACAGUUUCUUGCUACAGUCUCUCACGAAAUCAGGACUCCAAUGAAUGGUGUGCUAGGUAUGCUUCAGAUGCUAAUGGAUACUAAUUUGGAUGACAUCCAAAGAGACUAUGCUGAGACUGCGCAUGCUAGUGGAAAAGAUUUAAUAGCAUUGAUAAAUGAAGUCUUGGAUCAGGCUAAAAUUGAAUCAGGAAGGCUAGAGCUAGAGGCCGCACCUUUUGAUCUACGAGCUGAUCUAGAUAAAAUUUUGUCACUUUUGUCUGGAAAAUCUCAUGAAAAAGAAAUUGAGCUGGCUGUAUAUGUUUCUGACCAGGUGCCACAAGUUGUUAUUGGAGACCCUGGAAGAUUCCGGCAGAUUAUAAUGAACCUUGUUGGAAACUCAAUUAAGUUCACAAAAGACAAGGAUAAGGGACACAUAUUUGUGACUGUUCACUUAGCUGAUGAAGUUGGUGGUGCCCUCAAUGUAAGGGAUGAAAUUCUCAGACAAAGCUUAAUACUAGCUCAGGAUGGUCCGGUGGCUUCUUCAAAUACAUUGAGUGGGUUUCCGAUUGUUGACAGAUGGAAGAGUUGGGAAAAUUUCAAAAGCAUGUGUGGCACCAGAGACGAGUCUGGAAAGAUUAAAUUGUUAGUGACUGUUGAAGAUACUGGUGAGGGAAUCCCUGUUGAAGCUCAAGACCGCAUUUUCACACCUUUUAUGCAGGCUGAUAGUUCCACAUCCCGUACUCAUGGAGGAACAGGAAUAGGUCUGAGUAUCAGUAAGAGACUAGUGGAUCUUAUGGGCGGAGAAAUUGGUUUUGUAAGUGAACGUGGAAUUGGAAGUACUUUUUCAUUUACUGUAACAUUUAGCAAACCAGAACACACUCCUGUUGAUAUUGCUCAUCUGAAGCUGCAUAAUGAAGCUGUUUCAGUAUUUCGGGGAUUAAAAGCCCUGGUGGUUGAUGAGAGAGGUUUUAGAGGUGAGGUUACGAGAUACCAUCUUAAAAGACUGGGUGUACAGGUUGAUGUAGCUUCCGGAACAGAUUCUGCUUGCUCUUAUAUUUCUUAUGUCAAAAAGAGGGCAUUGGAGCCAUUAGAUAUGAUAGUUAUUGAUAAAGAAUACUGGGCCAGUGAAGGAUACCAUCCUUUAUUUAGUCUACUUAAAGGACUCAGAUCAAUUGCAUCUACGUCAAAUUUGGAAAGGGCGCCAACGCCAAAGCUCUUUCUAUUGGCUACCAGCACUACUCCUUCGGAUCAGAUAGAAUUUAAAUCAUCUGGUUUAGUUGACAGUGUGUUAAUUAAGCCACUUAGGUUGAGUGCGUUACUGUCAUCCCUCCAAGAAGCAACCGGAUUUGGAGGAGAUAGUUUAGUUAGGAAGGGGAAACCACCAACACUUGGGAACCUUCUUGCAAACAAACACAUAUUGGUUGUGGAUGACAAUACUGUGAACAGAAGAGUUGCGGAAGCUGCUUUGAAGAAGUAUGGAGCUAUUGUAACCUGUGUAGGGAAUGGAAUGGCUGCUUUAAAGCUACUUGAUCCACCUCAUAAUUUCGAUGCCUGCUUUAUGGAUCUUCAAAUGCCAUUAAUGGAUGGGUUUGAAGCUACUGAGCAAAUUCGUGAUCUUGAGAGGAAGUAUAAUGAUAAAAGUGAAUCUUGUGAGUUACCAACACCUAUAUUGGCCAACAUUUCUCAGUGGCACACACCAAUAUUAGCUAUGACGGCCGAUGUAAGCCAAGCAACAAAUGAGAAGUGCAUAAAGUGUGGAAUGGAUGGUUAUGUAUCUAAACCAUUUGAAGAAGGACAGCUUUAUUCAGCAGUGGCGCGGUUUUUUGAGUGUGAUUGA